ACACGUUUUCCAAGACUGAGUCUGAAGUGUAUAUUCCAUCUUAACCUGGAGCCUGCUUUUGACUGGCUUCCUACAAGUCUGUCGCAGUGGCACAUGUCUCUCGGCCACCUUUUCUCAAUGUCCCUGAGAACAGGGCUGCAGCAUUGAUCUGUCUGGGCAUUCAGGGAAUUCUCCCUCAUGGCUGACAUCACCCAAGCUCUAAUUAUAUUUCCCAAGAUUGUUUAUAACCAGAGAGCUAAUUAUCCUCUUUUAUGCCACAGCCUUUUUUAAACAUGGGACUUUUGGGAUCUUGUAGCUGGUGAUCUUGAAUGUGGCGUGAAGGCAGUGGAUGUAUGGAGUAUCCUGUGUCCCAUGCAUCUUUUAGAGGAAGUAAGAAAAUCAUUGGAGUAUUGGUUGCGGGGUGAGGGGAAAUCCAGUCCCUUCAAUCCUAGCAUUAGUACCUAUGGUAUUGACCAAAGGCCCCAGUCGGGAUUGGAUGGCAUUGUGCUGUGUCCUGGGAAGAGAUGAUUCCUGUCCCAAAGAGCCUAGUCUAAUCUAAGGCAAAGAGCAUCCAGCGAGCAUUACAAAUGAGGAAGGGAGAAGCUUCUCCUGGAUUUUCUUGCAGCUCUCUCUCCACACACUUAAACAUUUUAUUACAGCUUCUCCCAGCCCCAGUGCUGUGGGUGCUGCAUGGGACUGUGCUGUCUGCAUCCCGGUUCAGUUGAGGAGGCAGAAGGGAUUAAGUGAGGGGAACAGAGAAGAGUUAACUCUGCUGGUGAGAGUGUGACGUGGGCUGCUUGGGCUUUACAAAGAGCCUAGAGUUGAGCAAUUGGAGGCAGCUCACAUGCCUUGUCACAAAGCCAGUGCUGGUUGGCUAACUGGGAGGUAUUGCACAAAGAAGGCUUCCCGUUUAAGCAGAAGGGCAGGACUUGAGCAGCCAAUGGCAGCUGAGCACGGACAGCUCAUAGCCAUGUGUCAUGAGACUUGCCGGCAUUUCCUUUCCCACACGCACUGAAACUAGCUCCAGCAGAGGAUCGCUCAGGUUGCUUCCCAUCCUCCCUUGGCCGUGUAGGUCAGCACCUGAGUUGCUGGUACAGAAACAUGCUCUGCUUGUGUCUGUAUGUGCCAGUGUUCGGGGAGUCUCAGACAGAGUUCCAAUACUUUGAGUCAAAGGGGCUUCCUGCCCAGCUCAAAUCUAUCUUCCGCCUGAGCCUCUUCAUUCCUUCCGAGGAGUUCUCUACCUACCGCCAGUGGAAACAGAAAAUUGUGAAAGCUGGAGACAAGGACCUGGAUGGGCAGCUGGACUUUGAGGAGUUUGUUCACUAUCUCCAAGAUCAUGAGAAAAAACUGAGGCUGGUCUUCAAGAGCUUGGAUAAAAAGAAUGAUGGCCGUAUCGAUGCCCAGGAGAUCAUGCAAUCCCUCCGGGACCUGGGAGUCAAGAUCUCUGAACAGCAGGCUGAGAAGAUCCUCAAGAGCAUGGAUAAAAAUGGAACUAUGACAAUUGACUGGAACGAGUGGCGAGACUAUCACCUGCUGCACCCAGUGGAGAACAUUCCUGAGAUCAUCCUGUACUGGAAGCACUCAACGAUCUUUGAUGUGGGAGAGAAUCUGACAGUCCCUGAUGAGUUCACAGUGGAAGAGAGGCAGACUGGCAUGUGGUGGAGACAUCUGGUCGCGGGUGGAGGUGCAGGUGCAGUUUCCAGAACCUGCACAGCUCCACUGGACCGGCUGAAAGUGCUCAUGCAGGUCCAUGCUUCCCGCAGUAACAACAUGUGCAUCGUUGGUGGCUUUACCCAUAUGAUACGAGAGGGCGGGCCCAAGUCGCUGUGGCGGGGGAAUGGCAUCAACGUCCUGAAGAUUGCGCCAGAGUCUGCCAUCAAAUUCAUGGCUUAUGAGCAGAUCAAACGGUUCAUUGGCACUGACCAGGAAAUGCUGGGAAUUCAUGAGCGGCUAGUGGCUGGUUCUCUGGCAGGGGUCAUUGCUCAGAGCAGCAUCUACCCAAUGGAGGUUCUGAAGACCCGAAUGGCCUUGCGGAAGACAGGACAGUAUUCAGGCAUGCUGGACUGCGCCAAGAACAUCCUCUCCAAGGAAGGAAUGGCUGCCUUCUACAAAGGCUACAUCCCCAACAUGCUAGGAAUCAUUCCAUACGCUGGUAUUGACCUGGCAGUCUAUGAGACAUUAAAAAAUACCUGGUUACAACGCUAUGCUGUGAACAGUGCUGACCCCGGAGUGUUUGUUCUCCUGGCUUGUGGCACCAUCUCCAGCACCUGUGGGCAGCUGGCCAGUUAUCCCCUGGCUCUUGUGAGAACACGCAUGCAGGCUCAAGCUUCAGUGGAGGGAGCUCCAGAGGUGACAAUGAGGGGACUCUUCAAACACAUUCUAAAGACAGAGGGAGCAUUUGGCCUCUAUCGGGGUCUGGCCCCAAACUUCAUGAAAGUGAUCCCAGCCGUAAGCAUCAGCUACGUGGUUUAUGAGAACUUGAAGAUGACCCUGGGGGUGCAGUCACGGUGACCAGGAGACACCAAGGAUUCUGAACUCUGAAAUCUUGGGCUGUGAUCCUGGGGUGUAUAGCCAUCUCUCAUUCUGUGAAUGUGUCGACACUAAGCUGACUAAGCAAAGCUGUGAGAAUCCAGUUGGGUGUGAGUCAGGAUGUGGAGGAUUUGGUGUCCUUUGCCAUCUUGCUACUCAAGAGCUCUGCUUAAACCAUCAAGUGGUCCUUCAAGCAUACAGGAGACCAAUUGGGAGACCAGGGGAUCAACUCCUGGUUGUGUCUCAAGCUGCAAGUUUGAGGCCAGUUUCCAGCAGCCUAGUAGAGCGGGGAUCUUACAUGUAGAAACAGAGCUGCUGGCCUGGAGAUAUGUAGCAACUUUUGAAAUGCUGAAGGAGCUUUUUUCCAUUCAGUUUAACCUCCUACCUGUUUAAAAUUGUACAAACUUUGUGUUGGUGCUGCCACCACAGACUUAUUUAUUAUGUUUACAUGUAUUUCUUUCGGUAGGAGACAUUCAUGUUCUGCUUCCGAGACUCUGACACGAAACGAAACUUUAAACUGGACCAGUUUUGGGGGCUGGUGAGCAGUGGUUCUUCUACUCAGGCUGAAGGUUACUUAGGCCAGCCUGGUGGAGAAUUAGGAUUAUUUAUUUUUAUAGGUCAGAGCAAGUCUCUCUCAUAAACAUGCUAACAAGAUGCACUUACUAACAGAAGCAGCAGACUAAAGCCUGCACGCCUGCAUUGCUGCAUGCUAGAUGGGUUUGUCAUUCAUGCCCAGCAGAGGUUUGGAAAGGGGAAGGCUAGAGAGCCCUGAAUGGACUGUUGCCUCGAUGCACGGCUUCACUGAAUAACUGACCGUACUCUGCUACUCUUGUCCAUCUCUGUAGCUGGGCUCCUGGCACAGCAUGGGAGAAGGCUCUGCAGCCUGCUUGGUACUCUGAACAAGGUUCUGCUCGGUGCCAAGGGGGGACAACUGACCCUUUCCAAACCCUACAGCUAAGCUACUAUUUAUCCCUCUUUAGAUCUCUUUGUAGACUUGGAGUUAGGGUUGCAUUUGAGGGAUAAGGAAUCCCCAGGCUAGGAGUAAUGUUGUGGGAAGGGAUGUUAGCUGACAUUGGGAGGUAGUCGGGUUCGUCAGGGGUUUGAAGAUGACUGCUUGUGUUUUCUCCCAGAGGGUGCUUUUCAUAGGGGGAAGGGAAUGGCUUUAACAUUUCUCUGACUGUAUUAUGGGCUACUUCAGUCUAUAGGAUCAGGCUUCUGGGGCCCAGGAGAUCCUCCUCCAACUUUUGAUUUGGGGCAAAAUGGACCAGUGUCACAUUCCACUCAUGUCAUACUGCUUAAAUCCUAUUUAUUUUGUAUUUAUUUGAACAGAGUUAUGUAAACUAUUUUUAUAGACUUGUUUAAAUAUUGUUACUGUCCUUGUAUUUCUCCUAUUUAAAGUUCUGUAUUAUUUUCUUACCCAUUUGCACCUUUACCAUCACACAGCUCAGCAGCAGGGGAAGACACUGAGGUCACUAGUGUUCUCUUCCCCUAAAGCUUGAGCUGCUCUUUCUAUAUCUGGGCUGGUUAUUGGAGGGCCUCAGUCAGUCAAGAGAAAUUCUCUGUAGCAAUAAGCCAUAGAAGGGAGGGGAACUGAUUAGCUAGGAAACAGUCCACUGGGACAAGGGACGUGGAAUGGUGCAUUUUGAGGCUUGCCUUGCUCUGGAAUCGCCUUGCAUGUGUGUGUGUGAGACAGGAUUUCCUGUGGAUGGCUCAAGCUGGGGAAAUGAAAGGUCUGUGUAUGUUGAUGUCUCAACGGCUAAUUGAGAGAGGGUCGAUUUGGAAUUUUUGUGGUAAAAAAUCUCAGGGAUUUAAAAAUAAGACAAAAGUUGCCAGUUUCCAGAAAUGUGGAAGGAAACUUGCACUUGGACACAAGCUGCUGCAGUUCUGUUUGAAGGGGAGUGGGCAGACCUGCUGCUGAGUCCCAGUGCUCCUCACACACACGUGCACUAUGGAGAAGUUUUGUGGGAACGGGAAGGGCUUCGUUAGGCACUCCUGGCAGCUGCUCCGGGUGUGACAGGCUUUGGCAGUAUGGAGAACCUUCAGUCUUUAGGUACUCUCCUUGCUGUCUGUUCUUGCCAGAUGGAAAUCUAACUUUGUACCUGGAUUAGUGAUAUGAUUUUUUUUCACCUCCCCUUUUGAGACCAACUGUUAAUUCUGCAGUGGCUCCUUCCUACCAGUGUGGCCUAAUGGGAAUAUUCCGAAUACAAAAAUCAAUGCAAAAUGUGACUGUCUUUGUAGCUGUAACUGGAAGUUGUCAGAACACAAAUCUAACCAAUGAGAUUCCUCGUGGAGGGAACAGUCUGCUAAUAAAGGUCUAUCAAAGCUA